GCUCGAUCUGGGCACGCGCGGCGCUCGGCUCCCAGAAGCGAUCCGCCGUUCCCCUCCACCGCCGCCGUCGCCGUCGCCGUCGCCGUCGCCGCCUCUCUCUUUCUCUGUGGGGAGGCGUUGGGCGCGUCGGGGGAGCAUCGCCCCCCGCCCAUCCUCUCCACCGCUGCCUUCCUCCGCGCGGGAGCUCGUCCGGCGCUGCUGCCCUCCUCCACGCCGCUCCCGUCUCCUCUCCCUCGCGAGGAGACCGGACUUUCUCAAGUCCCACCUCUCCGCACGGUCCACGCGCCGGCGCGGCGGUAGUGCGCUGAUCUCCAGUGCAGCAGAACUAUCGCGCCGGAGCUUAUUCACCCGCCAUAGCCGCCCACAAACGAAGGAUCAGCGCAUCUCGCCGGCUCGCGAAUCAGUGCGCGCGGGAGAUCUGACGAGAGGAGGCCGUAGCUGCUACUGCUUUGGCGAUGUCGAGGGUUCGCGACAGGACCGAGGACUUUAAGGAGUCCGUUCGCGUCGCCGCGCUCGACCAUGGGUACACGGAGUCUCAGUUAGCCGCGCUCAUGUCUUCUUUCAUCAUCCGGAAGCCGACACCCAAAUUGCCAUUUACAAAUGCUGCAAUCAAGACGCUUGAGAGCAUCAAGGAACUGGAGAAGUUCAUUGUGAAGCAUAGGAAGGACUAUGUUGACUUGCAUCGCACCACGGAGCAAGAGAGGGACAACAUUGAGCAUGAGGUCGGUGUUUUCGUAAAAGCAUGCAAGGAACAAAUAGAUAUCCUAAAGAACAGAAUCCAUGAAGAAAAGAGUGGAAAUGCAAAGACAUGGCUUGGUACAAGCGAUGAGAGUUCCCGGUUGGAUUUGAUAGCUCACCAGCAUGGUGUGGUUUUGAUCUUGAGUGAGCGUCUCCACUCAGUCACUGCACAGUUUGAUCGUCUUCGGACCAUGCGUUUUCAAGAUGCUAUUAAUAGAGCGAUGCCAAGAAAAAGGAUUCAGAGGAAACAAGAAACCAAAGCUGUGGGACCAUCCAAGCCAAACCUUGUAUUGAAAUCUGAUGUUUCAAAGGUUGAAGAACAGGAGGUUUGUACUGCACCACUAAGAGUUCAAGAACAACUCUUGGAUGAUGAAACAAGAGCACUUCAGGUGGAGUUGACAAACCUUCUUGACGCUGUCCAAGAAACAGAGACAAAGAUGAUAGAGAUGUCAGCACUUAAUCAUCUUAUGUCAACACAUGUUCUACGGCAAGCUCAGCAGAUCCAGUAUUUAUACGACCAGGCAGUUGAAGCUACGAACAAUGUGGAGCGUGGGAACAAGGAGCUAUCCCAGGCGAUCCAGCGCAACAGCAGCAGUAGAACCUUCCUCCUGCUUUUCUUCUUUGUUCUUACUUUCUCCGUUCUCUUUCUGGACUGGUACAGCAAAUGAGUACGCACAUGUAAACAGCGUGAUUUUUCCCAUUAUGGAAGUGUACAAGUUAUCAGUGCAUCCAUGUCUCGCUAGGCUUUGCUGGCUUUUAGGGGCAAUGUAUUACUGUAUUCUCCAUCCGCACUGCAAAUUCUGAGAUCCUUUCCUUGCUGCAAACGUGA